AUGGGUACCAUGAGCUCCGAUGAAGGUGCCGAGAAGGUACACGAGAUUAGAUUUCACGGGGCUGGGAGCAGUCUGUUGGUCUCUGACAAUCAGGGCGUUGGGAAACGGUUUCGCUAUGUGGAUGAAAGUACGAUCGCUGCGACAAAUGAUUACCGGGCUUACUAUGGCGAUUCUGGGGUUCUUCACUUCUACCUUACCCGAGCGGAGGAUGGAUCGCCAUGA